CGGCCCCGCCCACUGACGCGUACUCCCGGGCGGCCGCUAAAACCCGCCGCUCGCCGGGCUGCUCCAGAGCCGCGCGACGCCGCCGUCCGGGAGCACUUUCCUCGCCUCACCGCCGGCAGCCCGACCACGCGUUCCCACACACUCGCGCCUUUCCUUUCAGACGGCGGACGCCGGACGAUUGGGGCGGCAACGUACCAUUUCCCUUUUUAAAUUAAAAUUCUUUUCCUGUCUGUUGUUGGGGUUUUGUUUUUGUUUUUGUUUUUUUACAAUUUUUGUUUGACUGAGAAAAACUCACCGAAGGCCUUUGCGUGUUGUUUCCGGGAUACAGGAGCCGAGACCUCUGAGGCAGCCGCCCGGGCCCGUGCAUCGCCAAGGACAAAAGGCACCCGGCGUUACUUGCUGCUCCCGAUUCCUGUCGCUCCACAGCAUGAAGAAAACCGAAAUGGGAAGGUUCAAUAUUUCUCCGGAUGAGGACAGCAGCAGCUACAGUUCCAACAGCGACUUCAACUACUCCUACCCCACCAAGCAAGCUGCUCUGAAAAGCCAUUAUGCAGAUGUAGAUCCUGAAAACCAGAACUUUUUACUUGAAUCGAAUUUGGGGAAGAAGAAGUAUGAAACAGACUUUCAUCCAGGUACUACUUCCUUUGGAAUGUCAGUAUUUAAUCUGAGCAAUGCGAUUGUGGGCAGUGGAAUCCUUGGGCUUUCUUAUGCCAUGGCUAAUACUGGAAUUGCUCUUUUUAUAAUUCUCUUGACAGUUGUGUCAAUAUUUUCCCUGUAUUCUGUUCAUCUCCUUUUGAAGACUGCCAAUGAAGGAGGGUCUUUAUUAUAUGAACAACUGGGGCAUAAGGCAUUUGGAUUGGUUGGAAAAUUUGCAGCCUCUGGAUCCAUUACGAUGCAGAACAUUGGAGCUAUGUCAAGCUACCUCUUCAUAGUGAAAUAUGAGUUACCUUUGGUGAUCCAGGCAUUAAUGAACAUUGAAGCUACGGAUGGAUUGUGGUAUCUGAAUGGUGACUACUUGGUUCUGCUGGUGUCCUUGGUGCUCAUUCUUCCCUUGUCACUGCUGAGGAAUUUAGGAUAUUUGGGAUACACCAGUGGCCUUUCCUUGUUGUGUAUGAUGUUCUUUCUAAUUGUGGUGAUUUGCAAGAAAUUUCAGAUUCCUUGUCCUGUGGAAGUUGCUAUAAUAAUUAAUGAAACCAUAAACAGCACCUUUACACAGCCCACAACUUUUGUACCUGAUAUGGCUUUUAAUAUGACUGAAGAUGAUUCUUGCCGACCACGUUAUUUUAUCUUAAACUCACAGACUGUCUAUGCUGUGCCAAUUCUGACCUUUUCAUUUGUCUGUCAUCCUGCUAUCCUUCCCAUUUAUGAAGAACUUAAAGGCCGCAGCCGUAGAAGAAUGAUGAAUGUGUCCAAGAUUUCCUUUUUCGCUAUGUUUCUCAUGUACCUGCUUGCUGCCCUCUUUGGAUACCUGACUUUUUACGACCACGUUGAGACGGAAUUGCUUCACACCUACUCUUCUAUCAUGGGAACUGAUAUCCUCCUUCUCAUUGUCCGUUUGGCUGUGUUAGUUGCUGUCACCUUGACAGUGCCUGUAGUUAUUUUCCCGAUCCGGAGUUCCAUCACUCACUUGUUGUGUGCAACAAAAGAGUUCAGCUGGUGGCGUCACAGUAUCAUUACUGUGUCCAUUUUGGCAUUUACCAAUUUGCUUGUCAUCUUUGUCCCAACUAUAAGGGAUAUCUUUGGUUUUAUUGGUGCAUCUGCAGCUGCUAUGUUGAUUUUCAUUCUUCCAUCUGCCUUCUAUAUCAAGUUGGUGAAGAAAGAACCUAUGAAAUCUGUACAAAAGAUUGGGGCUGUGCUCUUCCUGUUAAGUGGCAUAGGGGUGAUGACCGGAAGCAUGGCCCUGAUUGUGUUGGAUUGGGUACACAAUGCCCCAGGAGGUGGCCAUUAACUGGCACCACUAAAACUCCAAUAGUCCAUUUGAUGCCAGUGUUGAGUCAGCUCUCAACUACUAUGAAAUUUCACCUAAUGUUUUCAGUUUCACUUCCUUUUGAAGUGCAGAUUCCUCGCUGGUUCUUCUGAGUGCAGAAUAAGUGAACUCUUUUUGUUUGUUUUUGUUUUGUUUUGUUUUUUUAAAAGAAACUAUUCUGUAUGAUAGAAAUGGAUGUUAACAACAAAACCACGAGUCUCGGGUUAACGGAAGUGACAAUUUUAUUCCAUUCCAGAGAAUGGACGAACUCUUAACUUUUAAUCAAGCCACAUGUUUGGCUGUGUCAUUGUUUAACUUGGAUAUUUUAUGAUUUUACUUGAAUGUGCCUAAUGGAACCAUUCGAUGUGAGAAACAAUUCUUAAUUUACAGCAAAGUAUUGAAAUAACCAUUGAGAAAAACACUAUUAUUUUUUGUACCAAAAAUAUUUAAAGACCUCAGAAGCACUAUUUUACUUUUUAAAAUCGCUUUUUUUGAACUUUAUCCAAAAGCAGUUGUCAAUAAAUUCCGUAAAAAAAUUUCAUUGUUAUUUAAAAACGUAAUAUGAAAUGAUUUGCCUUUUUGUAGGCAUGAUAAGCCAAAUACUUUUUUUACCCAAAAUAAUUUUUAGAGAAAAUGAUGUAAUGAAAAAUUGUACCAUGAAUAGUAGCAUAGUUUUUUCCAUUCAGACUUCACCGUUAAAGGCUAUUUGCUUGAUUGUGGCUAUACCAAAUCAGAUGAACUCUGUUCAUCACUUUUCUCCUCUGUCCCCAAAUAAUUUGGUUCAUUUAACUGAAAUAUUUAUGGCUUCAAUCUAGCUUCAAUCUAUUAGAAUCAAUAAUGCAGUUAUUUCUGUGGGAAAUAAAGUAACUGAUUUUGAGGUACCAAAUAGUGCAAUUGGGUAAAACAGGGUUUAUUCAGUUGCAUCUGCCUCCAGAGUUGUGUUGACAGCUCCAGGUUUUUUUGGGCCAGCCCUUUUUUGGCAUUGCUUCCAGCAGUGGAAAAUGGGCAUUUGAUGGCUAUAGGCCAAAACUUCUAUCCAGAGAGUACAACUUUUCAAAAUGCUCAUGUGCUACUGGAAGUGUGAAUUACUUGACAAUGUAUGGUUUAGUUGUGUUCAUGUUUUGUCUACAGUAGAGGUCUUAUCCACAGGUUACACCGAUAUUUGGUAUAAUAGAAGCUCUCUUCAUAUAGGCCACUGGGUUUCUCAUGCAGUAAGCUUUUUUAAAACUCCUUUGCACUGGAUUGUCAUCUCAUUCUUGUACAACAUAGAAUUACUUGUUUACAUCCCACAGAUAGUUAGCUAGGGAAAACAGUGCAAACCUGAGUGUAACUAGUCGGUCCGACUGCAUGUUCACCCUUCCAUUUCAAUCCCAGUUAGAAGUGAAAAAAAUUCCUCGGCUUUAAGAGCACAUUUAUUGUACGUCACGGUGUAUGGUGAAUAUAUUAUUAAAUAAUGUGGUACUUUGCUCAUCAGACAUAAUGUCUAAACUCUAAUAUACAUAAUUCCAUUAGUGGUUGAGGGAAGCAAAUAAUGGAAUCAUCAAUUGGUUGUCUGGCUCUAAGGUUGUUCUCUAAACAUUUGUAGUUUUAGGCAAGGGCCAGAAAUGUGGCAGACGUGGUUUUUGUUAUGCAUUCUUGUAUCAUAUGUGACUAAAUUACAGACGAGACGUCUGUAAUCAAAGACCCUUGUGGAACUGGAAGACAUCUUGUAGUGCGACAUUGGGUGAAACCAAUGGUCCAUUUUUGUUUGUUUCUACGAAAAGGGAAGUGGGGACCAUCUUGAAAGGCAGUGAGAAGACGGAUUCUACAGCACUGCUUUCAUUUAAUCGGGCACUUGGCACUCCGUUUGAAUCCAGAACCUCACCUCUAGUUCAGACCAAGAAUUGGCACUUCAGCUAGAGUUCCUGGAAAAAAAUGGCUGGUUUUGUAUCUUAAAGACUUGCCAGGGAAUACCAAGUAAAGAGUUGUUCUCUACAGUUUACAUCCUUUUACAUGGGAGCAAAUACCAUGCAACCCGAAGAAAUGGAAAAAAAAAAAGCUCUUACAGCCAAUCAGUGUGAGGCUCCUCCCAUCGCCUGACUGUUUAAGGUUCAAAAUCAACUGCCAAGGGUAAAUUCCAUUGCAUGAUUUUCUUGGAACUAUUGUAUCUACCUGGAGGUUCCUAAGCUGAAUUCCCAGCAAUGAGCAGUCUUCAGUAUUAAAACCACUGUCUGGUCACCUCAUUUUGCAUUACUGUCUUCCGUGGAUGUUUCAGUUAUAACUGUAAUGUUAUUUAUAGAACAGCAUUAAUCCAUUAAAGCUAACCUAUUUUUCAAUAUUUAUGAUAAUCUUAUGUACAUACAUUGUCUGUCCAUAUGUAUUUGUAAAUAGGUUGUAAAUACUGUCAUGUUUGGGUCCUGGGUUCAAAUGUAUAUAUUCCUAUAAGUUUCUUAACUGCAUUUUGAUGAAUUUACAUUAUGUAUCUAUAACAAUUGUCCCCAAAGUACCUGUACAGAGAUUUCAAUAAGCAAAUUGAGAAAUUGUGUAAACACUAGAAAUUUAAAAUACUGUUCAAAUUGUAUUUGCAAUAAACAAACUGGUUGAACAUCACUUUUUUUUUUCAUGAAAACUUGGUGCAAAUUCAGAUCUCGUAUUUAAAUUUUUAAAUAAGGUCUAGAUUUUCAAAAUGCAGUACUUCUCAAAAUGUGACCUAGUGUAAUGGAAUCAAAUGUGAUCUAGUGUAAUGAAAGACCUUUGAGAACCUGGGUGUGUGAAGCUUGGUGUAUAUAGUGUAAAUAUCUCCACUGUACUGUUAAGAGACCAACAAUUCCAGUAUGGCUUGUUGGCAAAGAGUGCUACACCGUUUCAAUGAAACAUUGUAUGUUUGUUUUAACUGAACUAAAAUAAAUACAUGCUUAAUCCUGAA